GACAAAUGAUGAAAACAAACCCAAGCAAAAUUCAUAUAUAAAUGUCUAUUUAUGAUACUGUCAAAUACACACGCAUCAAAUGAGAGCCCUCAGUCUUGUGUGUUAUACUGGCUAUUCAGGGGAGCAGUCAGUCAUUUACAUGAGCAGUAUAUUGUAUAUGUAGCUGUGUUGAAAAUUGAUCCGAGUGUUAUUUUGUGUGAGAUGCGCUCCAGCAGAUGGACAGCACUUCACUGAUCUGCAGUGCCCAGAUUAGUAAACCACAGAUUAUUACAUAACUGACACAUACUGUCAAGUAGUGGACGAUAUCAUUAGGCUACUCGAUGGGAUGUAUUGAAAAGAAACAAAAACGUAAUAAGCAAGUAACCAAGAAAGUCAAUUCCUGGAUGAAGGAUGUGUCCUGUUGUUCCCACUGAACCUCCAAUCCCGUCUCUCUCUCCUGCCUGAAGGUCUUUCUGCUUUUCCCUCCAGACAGACAGCGCGAUGAGCCGCGGGACACACGGAGGCACACACGCCGCUUUUGAAGCUCAUGCAAGAAGUUGAAUCGAGAGAAAACCUGAAACCGACAUGAGACGAGUUGAAAAUCGGUUUGGAUUAUGAGGAAAUGACCUGAGCCGCGAACAACAGGAGAUGACGGCGAUGAUGGAGAGAAUCGGGACUAUUCGGCUUUACCUCAUGAAAUGGAUUUGCCUGCGGUGGGCUUGGGUUUGUGUGGCUGCCUGUGGUGGUAAGGUGGAGCUACACACGGAGAGGAGAGGAGUGAUUUACAGCCCAUUAUGGCCCCUCAAUUACCCGGCCGGAGUCAACUGCAGCUGGAAUAUACAGGGCAGCCGUGGAGAUGUGAUCACAAUCAGUUUUCACAGUUUUGACCUGGAGGAGACAGGGGACUGCAGGGGGGACUGGCUGCUGCUCGGCCCCACAUGGAAAGCUGAGUAUCGCCUCUGUGGGUCUGUUCUUCCUCCUCCCUUCAUCUCCUCCAGAGGAAGAGUUUGGGUUUACUUCCACUCUCACGCCAACAGCUCCGGUCAGGCACAGGGCUUCAGAAUGUCCUACAUACGAGGUCGUCUGGGUCAGAGUAGCUGUGAGAAGGAUGAAUAUUUAUGUGGAAACGGCAAGUGUGUUCCACGUUCCUGGCGCUGUAAUGGAUUGGAUGAAUGUGGAGAUAAUACAGAUGAGAGGAACUGUGUCGCCCCACCAACGCCCGCCCGGGCGAGCCUGUGUCCACCAGGCACCUUACAAUGCUCUGAUGUGCAGUCUACCCGCUGCCUGCCAGGGUCUCUGCGCUGUAACGGGGCCCGGGACUGUCCUGACGGAUCUGAUGAGGCCCGCUGCCCGGACACAUCCUGUGGAAAACGCUUGGUCAACUUCUAUGGGACAUUUGCUUCCCCUGAUUUCUUCCGUCCGAACAGGAGCACCGGCACAGAUCUUCACUGCACGUGGUUCCUGGACACAAAAGACCCAAAGCCGCUGGUGCUGCAGGUGGAUCUACAGCUGGGUGUUGGAGACUCUGUACGAGUUUAUGAUGGUUUGGGAGAGCAGGCAGAACGGCUGCUGCAGAGUCUUUCUCACCAUAAUAACCACAGACGAGCCCUGCUGGAGUCUUCCCAGGGCCAGAUGAGCAUCUUCUACCACGCUAAACCACACAGCCCCGGACAUGGAUUCAAUGCCACCUAUCAGGUGAAGGGCUACUGUUUUCCCGGUGAGCAUCCGUGUGGCACAGAUGAGGGCUGCUACUCUGAUCUGCAGCGCUGUGACGGAUACUGGCAUUGUCCUGGUGGUCGAGAUGAGGAGGCCUGCCCGCUGUGCCAGCCGGGUGAGUACCCAUGCGAGGGUGGCAGCGGGGCAUGUUACUCCGCUUCUGAGAGGUGUAACAAUCAGAAGAAGUGUCCCGACGGCUCCGAUGAGAAGAACUGCUUUGACUGCCAGCCUGGAAACUUCCACUGCGGAACCAACCUGUGCAUCUUUGAGACGUGGCGCUGCGACGGGCAGGAGGACUGUAUGGACGGCAGUGACGAAAGAGAUUGUCUGGCUUCUGUGCCCAGGAAGGUCAUCACAGCGGCUCUGAUUGGCAGUUUGGUCUGUGGGCUGCUGCUGGUCAUUGCACUGGGUUGUGCCUUUAAACUCUACUCGCUCAGGACAAGAGAGUACAGAGCUUUUGAAACCCAGAUGACCAGGCUAGAGGCGGAAUUUGUUCAGAGGGAAGCUCCACCCUCAUAUGGUCAGCUAAUUGCUCAAGGUCUCAUUCCUCCAGUGGACGACUUCCCAGUCUACAACCCCACACAGGCAUCUGUUCUGCAGAAUCUCCGUUCGGCUAUGCGGAGGCAGAUUCGCCGUCACUCAUCCCGUCGCUCCUCUUCACGCCGUCGGCUUGGGCGCCUAUGGAAUCGACUGUUUCACCGCGGCUCUCGAGUACGGGGUCAAAUCCCUCUCCUCACACCGCCUGGUCACACACACGCAAACACAUACCCCGAGCUAAACCUCCACAGCUACAACACAGCAGACAACAGUGUUCGAGAGUCACCAGAGACCACGGGACAGACUCCGCCAUCUUGUUCAGCGGUGGCGCUGGGUUUGGCAUUACAAGCCCAAAAUGAUGCCUUAUGCCUGCCUGACAGAGAGUCUCCAGCGUCUCCUCUCUCUCUGCCUUCACCAAACUCCCUCCACUCCACCUCUGACACCCUGGAGGACGAAGAUGAUGAAGACGACAGGAGUUCAGCGGGCAAACAGGGCAUUUUGGCAAAACAUAAAGACGCUGACAGUUCUCCAGGACCCUCAGAAAGACCCAAACGCAGUGCAAGCCGCUCAAGGUCGUCAAGACGGCUGGUGCAAGAACUGGCUGCGGAGCUCAGAGGAGUCUCUCUCCUACGCUACACGUCUGUGGGCAUUUCACCGCUUUCUUCUCCAGAGUCGCCCACGUCCUCCAGCGGUCAGUCUGAGGAACAGAGAAGCUGUCCUGCUUUCAGAAAAGCACACAAGGACAAGGAUGAUCGUGGGCACAGCAGGGAAUCUUCAGGAGUGGAAGAUGUUCCUGGUGACUCUGUCAGGCUCUGCGGACUCACAGCUAGCGAGGAAGAGGAGGAUGAUGAUGCUCUGUUAGUGCACUGAGAAGCCUUUUUGACCUUCCCUGUUUUGUGCCAACACAGUGAGCCAUAGCAGGUUCAGCCAACAGCCUUCC